AUGUACUUCUGGUUUUUCCCAGCACAGAAUGAGCCGGAGACAGCACCUGUUGUAUUGUGGUUACAGGGAGGACCAGGGGGAUCUUCUUUGUUUGGUCUCUUUGUUGAAAAAGGACCAUACCUUGUUAACAAGGACAUAAAGUUUGUGAAGAAAGAUAUAACGUGGAACAGCAAAUAUUCCAUGUUGUACAUUGACAAUCCAGUAGGUACAGGAUUUAGUUUUACGGACAAAGAUGAGGGAUAUGCUAGAAAUGAGGUUGAUGUUGCCAGAGAUCUUUACAGUUGCCUUACACAGUUCUUUCAAGUUUUCAACAAAUUACAGAACAAUCCAUUUUAUGUAACAGGGGAGUCCUAUGCUGGGAAAUAUGUACCUGCAAUCAGUUACAAAAUUCAUACAGAAAAUUUAAACCCAUUUCCUAAGGUGAAAAUCAAUCUGCAAGGACUUGCUAUUGGGGAUGGACUCUGUGAUCCAGAAACUAUGAUGUUACAAUAUGCAGACUUCAUGUACAAUAUUGGAAUGUUAGAUGAGAAACAAAGAGAUUACUUCCAGGGAUAUGCCAAACAAGCUGUUCAACAUAUACAGAAUAAAGAAUUCGGGAAAGCUUUUGGUAUAUUUGAUAUGCUUCUCAAUGGAGAUCUGUACCCCUACAAGCCCUAUUUCUACAAUGUGACAAAAACAAACAAUUACUACAAUUUUCUUGAAACUGAGGCGCCAGCAGACUUUGAUUAUUACGGAACUGCCCUGGCAGAACCAGAUAUACGUAAAGCGAUACAUGUAGGAAAUUUGACGUAUCAUCCAGGAAGUGAGGUAGAGAAACAUAUUAUAAAUGAUAUAAUGGAUACAGUGAAACCAUGGGUGAAGGUUCUAAUGAAUAACUAUAGGGUAAUGAUGUACACUGGACAACUAGAUAUUAUUGUAGCUAUUCCACUGACAGAGGCUUUCUUAUUGACAGUUGAUUGGAAUGGUUUAGAUAAAUAUAAACAGGCAGAUAGAAUGGUAUGGCGAGUAAACCCGUCAGAUGCAGAGGUGGCUGGUUAUGUACGCCAGGUGGAUACAUUUUAUCAAGUAAUUGUACGUGGAGGAGGACAUAUACUACCUUAUGACCAGCCAGCUAGAAGCUUUGAUAUGAUUGACAGAUUUAUAUCUAACAGAGGCUUUCAAUAGAUGAUUGUUUUAAAGAACUUUCUUUGGAGCUUUGGAGGCAAUAUACAUGUACAGUUUUGACAACAAUACUACUAAACAAACAUUUAUCUGCAUCACAAAUCACAUGUCUGUAGUUAUGCAUUUCUCACAAACAAUCAAUAAUACCUCUCUAAUUGAUAGUUAUCUAUCACAGACCUUAAUUUAUACAUGUAUUGUUUUACUAUCGAGAUAUAUCUGUCAAAAGUGUAAAAAUUUUUCAAAGAGAAUAAUUUCAAUACCAAAUAUAAAACUAUAGGUUACUGUAUUUUUUUCAAACAAAACCAUUUGAAAAUUGCAUCCAAAAAUUUGGUCGGUCGUGUUUUCUUUUAAUCUAACCAUUCUAAUUCUUCUUGUUACAUUUUAUGAUGAAGCAUUGAUUUACAAGUACUUUCCACAAACUCUUACAUUUGCAACUACUAUUUACAAUUUUAUUGAUACCAGUUACAGAUAGAAUGGAUGCACCAAAAUAUCUGAAACAUAAACUUGAAAUCUAGCAAAUGGCAGUAUUUUUACAUAGAAUAUUUGAUUUGAUUUGAAAGAAUGUUUAUUCGAUCCGUACCAGUUUUAAAUCUAACCCUUAAAAACUUAAUUCAAUCUUAUCUAUGGUUAAGUUAGUUAGUUUCAUUAUUUCAUUACUUUAUUUAAACACUAUAUAGUUCAGUAAUUACAUCUGUUAUGUAUUAUUCCAUUUCACUUGUAUUAUAUACAUGUACAUAGAAAAAUGAUAUUUAUGGUUCAGUUAUUGGAGUUAACUUGUUCAUGUUGCAUUGAAUAAUGACAGUAUGUGUACUUUGUUUUAACCAUAAUAGAUAGUUUAAUUUAAAAUUAAUGAUGUUCAGUUUUUAUUUUUGUGUAUAUAUGUUUAACAUGGGUGUGCAGAACAAUUUGAAAAUGUACAUAAUUUUUGAUUGAAGUUAUUACUGAAAAUACAAAAGUUAUUGUAAAAUAAGUAACGUGUACAGUGAUACAGUUUUAUUAUAGUUAUAAAGAUCUUAAUAUUCAUCAUCUCCGUGUAUAGACUGUAUAAUGCUGAUUAACCAAUUUCAAUCAUUGUUUCUCUGAAGUAAUAAUGAUAUUUUUUGAAUGUAUACAUGAAAUCAGGGGAUUUAAAAGUUUCAUUAAAUUCAGAAUGUACAAAACUUGUCUGCAUUGAUUCUGUAAAUGAACAAUAUAUCACAUAUAUGUAUAUGAAAUGUAAAGAUGUAGUAUUGUUAUCUAUACCUCUAAUUAUCUUGUUAUCUAUGCCUCUAAUUAUCUUAAUGCUGAUGAUUGUAUACUUCUGCUUUGCUACCUCUUAACUUAUUUGUACUUUACAAGAAUGUUAGUUUGACUAAUUAGAUCUAUGAUAAUAUUUAUGUGAUAUUCUCACUUAUUUUGAACCAUGAAAUGCCAUGUGUUUAUAUACUGAUAUAAAUUAUUAUUAUAGUCAUCAUCACUAACUCCGCAACAUCACUAAUUUCAUGGUAAUGGUAUAUUUCCUUGAGACAGGUGUUUAAAUUGGUCUAAGUGGGCCGCUUUUAGUCAUACACCUAAACAACAAAGUUUUCAGGCAUAAUAUUUUAGAUUUGUAAGUGUUGUAGAAAAAUGGAACUACAAUUGUACAAAUUUUAUUAGAUUCUGGAAAAAAUCCUGGAUUUCUCAGUAGAAUUGUGUGUAUAUUAAACAAUCAUAAUGAUUUUGUUUGAAUGUUUAACAAGAACUGCAACAUGAAUUUUCAUGUAACUGGGAUAUGAAAAAAUGAAAGAGUUACACCAUUUAACAUGAAUUAAGUCAUGACAUGAUGUUUUCAAAAUGCCUGAAACAUGAUCUAAUACAGUAAGAGCAGGCUUUGUUUUUCUUCUUGUUCCGAAGUUAGUACCAAUAUCUAAGAGGAGCAACAUACACUUGAUUAGUGUGGAUUGUUUCUCAAUUAUCAGAAAUUUCAUAAAAAUAUCUUUGUUCUUAUAUCAAGUUGAAGUAAGAAAUUGUUCCACAUUCAGAACAUAAUGCAUAUUCGUACUGUAUCUACAUUAAUGUAUCAAACUUAUUAUUAUAUCAGAAACAACAAUUGCAACAGACUAACUGAUCAAGAAACCACAGACUGCCUGAUCAACAAACAACCAUGUUAAUUUUUUUUUAAUGAGUUAUAUCCUUUUAGUCUAAGUAUUUUUUUCACUUUGUUUUGUUCUUUUUCCAAUUGCUUAAAAAAAGAUGCUUAUUUUAUCAUUAUUCCCACAGUUUUUUUUACUUAAAUUUCUUUGGUGAAACAUAUAGAAAUCAUAAUUCUGUGAGGAAGUUAAAAAAUAUUUCAUUAUUAAAGAGUGUUAUGUAUUAAUAUUUAUUGUGCGAGAUUUUAUAUUUAUACCAACAUUUGUUUAGUUAAAUUUGGUGAAUCAUAUAUAUGAAAUCAGAAUUCUGUCGGGGAAGUUAAAACUAUUUCAUUAUUAAAAAGUGUUAUGCAAUUAUAUUUAUUGUGCGAGAUGUAAUUGUUACUUAUUAUGUUAGAACAUUAUAUGAUAUUUAUCAGUAUAUACCACAUAUACACCAGCUAAUAAGUCUGAUAUGAGAUUAAAAAUAGAAUUAUAUAUAUCGCCUUUACAAAUGUUUAUCAGAUCUUUCAAAUCAACAUUUGCAUUGCUCGGAAUAGGAGAUAGCCGUCAAAGAAACACAUGUAAAAUGCUAACUUUGUUUCUUAAUGAACAUUAAAGAUGCUGAAAACAGUAUUAGCUGGACCAAUCUGAGAAAGGCAAAGUUAUUUAUAGAUUAUUAAGCUAUGAUGAAAUUGUGGAAAUAAGUAGUUUAAAAUGAGUAUGAUAAAUGUUUAUAUGAUAAUAACCGUUGAUUUUAUGUCUAUUCUUACAGAAAUAAAACAAACUAAAAUCAA